CGAAAAUCCUGUCUUCUUCUCUCAAUGUCUCACUCAACGACUGCGGACAUGAUAUCGGACGUCCACGACAUCGAAAAUGCAUUGUACAACUCAUUCUCAGACCUCGAGAGCGUUAUCGGCCGUUUGAUGGGGAGCCAUGGGAGGGCAGAGAGCGCGUUAGCAACCUUGAACGAUGCGACCUUCUCCACCUUUACAAGAGAAAUCUACGCCCGGUUUCCGAAGACGGCUCGUCAGUUCGUCGGGAGUCUAUCAUCGUUUCUGCUCUCAAGCCUCGCCACUGCCCUGACCGACGUCAGCCAGCAAGGAAAGCUCGGGAAGUCUCGCGAUUCGAACGAGUGCUGGAAGGCCGUCGUCCUCGCUCGGCCAGCACUUGCUGAGAUAGCGUCGCUGUCCGACAACAGUAGAUGGAGCCAGGCCGAUAUCCGGGUCAAGCCGUUUGUAGACCUCGGCGUGGACCCUCCCUCAAACCCUCAAGAGCUCUUCGCCUUGGAGACCCAGAUCCUCCGUGAUCAAGAAGGUAUACUUAAGCAUUUCUUCUCGCUACUGCGAGGUCCCGCCCGGGACGACAUCAUCGCGCGAUGGCACGCUCUGGCCGAGAUGGAGACUGUCGUGGACUCCGCGCGUCCGGAGUCCUCUGGCUCCGACGAGACUGCCACGCCCGAAGCCCCACCGGAGUCUCAAACACCCAUCAACGCCCACCCUGCCCUGGACGUUCUCCCUUUGAAGGCAGCCUUCUACGAGGAUCAUGUGAAGGGCUUUGGAGAAUGGGAGGUAUUCAUCACCGACAACGCCAACUCCGACUUCCGCAAGCUGCGAAAGAAGUCUCCAGAGCUACUUCGUGUCGUCAUGAAGAAAAUUAGGGACCUCUCGCGAGGUCACUUCUCCCCGGAUAACCAGAUCCUCAUUUCCGACACCGAAAAUUCCGUUCCCAUCUUCAAGGCGAAGAUGACUGGUGUCUCCCGGCUGGUAUAUCAAGUAGACUGCGUAAAGGAUCUCGUUUCCGAUUCAGAAUUCCAAGCACUCCGCAUUUUUGGAGUAUACAAUCACGCUGAGCUCAAACACAAGGGGAAUUUCUGGGUAGAGCUGAGCCGAGACCUAGGACGGAAGGGAAAAGAAUAUCGUGACCGAUGUCGAGCCCGUAGUCAACCCACGAGGACCGCAAGAGACGUGUUCUCACCGGUCAAAUUUUGGUUGCAGAGCGAAGAGGCCAACAAAGGCGAAGAUGAGCCCCUGCCACUAGCAAGUCUCAAGGACGUGGAUUACUCCGAGGUUCUAUCGAUGCAUAGGUCUGUCACACUAUCCAAGGGCCUAUUCAACAGUUUCCUCGUCGACAGAGACAUCAGGUUCAUGUUCCGACCUUCGACGAAGGAGAUCGAGAUUAUCGAGCAUCCUCACUCAUGCUAUGUGAUAGGUCGCUCUGGCACGGGGAAGACCUUAUCCAUGAUGUACAAGAUAGUAUCUAGAGAGCGGGGCUGGGCUAGCAUAUCCGCGGAGCUUCCGAAGCCUCGUCAACUGUUCGUCACUCGCUCGCGCAUGCUCGCAGCUGAAGUGCAGCGUACCGUUGAUCAUUUUUUGGAGUCGUUCAAGCUUGCAGAUUUGACCCAGCAAGAGCUACUGGACAUAUGGAGAAGACAGGUCGACCCGAUGGAUGAAAUUCGACCCCUUCCGAGGAAAUGGAGCGACCUUGACGAUGAGCAUUUCCCCAUGUGUAUCAGCUUUGACCAGCUGCGCGAUAUGCUAGAAGCGGACUUUGCUGCCUGUGACCCCUCUAUGGCCACGACUAUAGGAGAGUUGGGCGAGGAUAUUGAUUUCGAAGAACAUGCUGCGUCGUUUGUUUCUUGGAAGAGAUUCGCUACGGCAUAUUGGGAUCAUCUGCCGCAACAUUUGACUAGAGGAUUGGUCUCCGUAUUCGGAGAGAUUAUGGGUGUUCUGAAGGGCUCAGAGGGGACGAUCGAUACACCUCAUGGCAAUCUUGACCGCGAGGCAUACUUGGGUCUAAGCCCACGACAUUCGACCUUCGUGUCCAUCCGGAACCAGAUCUACGAUAUCCUGCAGCGGUACAACUUACUCAAGCGACGUCGACAUGAGUAUGAUGAUGCAGAUAGGCUUAUCAACGCGCACACGCUUCCCGGGAGACCUGUGAACUUCUUGUUCAAUGAUGAGGCCCAAGACAACCUCAUCAUUGAUAUGCUGCGCAUCAUCGUUCGUGACGAUGCCUCUCGAAAGAGGUUGUUCAAAGCACUAUUCUCGCAGGGAGUACAGGUUGGUCUAGUCAUGACUGUAUAUGAGAGCAAGGGUCUAGAGUUCGAUGAUGUCUUCAUCUGGCACUUCUUCGACAGCACAGAUCCAAGCGAGAGGGAAUGGAGCGUCAUAUGUGAUCUGUUCCUGGGACGUUUGACGCGAUCACUGCACCGAUCUGUGGAUGAGUACCGCCAUCUCAAAUCUCUGUAUGUUGCGAUCACCCGAGCACGUAAUCGCCUAUUCAUAAUUGAGGAGUCAUCCAAGGGCGAUCCCAUGCUGGCUGUCUGGCAAAAGCUGGGAUUGGUUGACGUCAACGAGGACAAUCAACCAAUAUCUCUUUCCAUGAAGACGCCUGAGCCAGAGGAAUGGGCUAAACGAGGCAGAUCGUUGAUGGACAAACAAAACUACGAACAGGCGAAGUACUGCUUUGAACAGGCCGGGUUUAGGCGAGAGGGAGAUAUCGCUCAGGCAUACCUUGAUCAGGAAGCUGCAGUCACUGUCGAGCAGUUCCGCAAGGCUGCACAGUCGUUCAAGUCUUGUGCGGACUUGUGCUUUGGUGUGGCUGAACAUGAACAGCUUCUCAUCGCGUCGGCCAUUUGUUACAGCCGUGCUGGAGCAUUCGCCGAGAGCGCAGCGUUGUACUACACUGCUCGUGCGUACACAAGAUGCGCGCAGCAGUACAUCAAGGCUUCAAUGAUGGAUGAAGCUCGGCAAGUUAUUCUCCGGCACCGGAAUGAGAUCAAUGCAUACGUCUUGAGGAAGGUCUGUGUGCAUUUCCUGGACUCAGGGGAGCAAGAGAAGGCUGCAGAGUUAUUUCCCGAUCUCGACACAUUCUCUGAAUUCAUUCGGUCUCACAACCUCAUCGGUCAUCUCGCGACAUAUCUCGAGUCCCUAGGGCUUCUUGAAAAAGCUGCAGAAGUCCGUCUCGAGCUGAACCAGGUGGAUAAGGCGAUUGCGCUCUUCCUUCGCGAUGAAAGUCAUGGUUCGGUCGCACGGGGAACUAACAGGCUCCUUGACGAACUUUGGCGGCUCCGGACCAUGGGGCAACCAGAGAACAAGUACUCCAAUGUUCCCGACGUGCUGAUUGACCUCGUGUCCUACCGAAAGUCACUUACCGGCCUACGGUACAGGGAUUAUGAGCGCGACAACAACGAGACUCACAUGUUUUCGUCCAUCAUAUCCCGCCAGGCAGCGGAUCUCAUGCAAACCGGAGUGAAGCUUUUCUCAGUGGGCAAUCAAACCAAUGCUGCACUGCUUUCACUGGACUACGCCUUCGCAUUUUUGCUUGAAGAUGCUUCACUGGAGCCGAGCGUGCUCGUCGACUCUCCUGAGUUUUUCCCAGCCUUCUGCACCUACGCCACUCUUCUCAAGUCUCAUCACCCUUAUGGGACCUUGGACGCUAAUGAUGACGCGAUUUGGAGGGAGCGAACGUACUGGAUGUAUGCGCUCUCCAGUUCGCUCCAUAUCCCCUUCUUUUCCCUGGGCACACCCUCGAUGUUCCACCGCUCGCUCGUCCCCGAGUUCUCAGACGCCGCGCGCGUCAUACGUUCGUGGAUUAUCGACAUCCUGUACUUUGCCUUCACGCCUGCUUCGACUCACUGGAUCUCGACUGGAGCGCUUCGGAUAGACUUGAUACCCUGCGCCGCUCUGCUAGGGUAUAUUCUAGAUAAGCUUGAAGAUCACCCACGGUCUCCGCAAUCCCGCGUUGUCCCAAUUCCCCUGGAGCUGUGGUAUGGCAAGUUGUACUCUCAGCACCUCCAGCAGCUCGGAGACUACGCUUCGAGGAACGAGCCUUCGCACUUCCAGAUGCCUGGUGCUUUGUUGUAUCUACAAUUCCUGCUCGAGGGAGGCGGUGGAUCUUUUGGACGUGAGGCCGUCAUAAGCUAUAUCACAGAGGGGCUUUCCACCGCGAUCGUUCUCGCCAACCGCGGUAGAAAAGACAAGCCCUUGCACAAUGUCAUACUAGUGCGCCGUUGGGUCAUCAAUCUUGCGGAUCUGUGGAGUUCUGCGAAGCCGCCGACGCAUCACCACAACGAGCACGUACAGAAAUUUAUCAAGCUGUUCCCAGCGCUUCUGGGGAGUCUUUGCGCCGUUCCGGAUGGUGCUUCCAUCCGCAGGGUCCUUCGUCCUUUGUCGAAUGAUAUCCUUUCCUACGUAUCCAGCGUUGUCAAGGCACUUACUUUGGUGGGACAUUGGCUCAAACAUACAGAAGAAGAGAGAUUAGAGAUGGUCGGCUAUGUGACCAACAUUCCGGUGCACUAUCGUCCGCCUCACUUGCGGAGGUUGUCCGCAGGGUCGCGUUGGACGCACCUCAGGGAAGCCAUCUGGUGGCUGAGCCCUCCCGCUCUGCCUCGCAUGGACCAGCUCGUCCACAUACAGAACAGCUCUUUAGCAGAUACGGACCCUAUGCGCACCCCGGGAUUCGUAGUCCGGGUCGCGUACGACAGGUUGGGUAAUCUGGAGUCGCAGCUCACCGUUCCCCAACCAACGAGACAAACAGCUCCCUUCCCAGCGACAUGGUUCCUCCCAAGGCGCCAUCCUCUCGAUGGAGAGAAGGUCGUAGUGCCGUCCCAUAUCGCACCGUGCCUCCUCGGACACCUCUGGCCGCAGGAGGUGUAAUGUGAUUGAGGGUUGCCGUUAAUACCUUUGUCGUGAUCUCCAAGGCUCGCUCCCGUUACUCGUCCUGUCAAAACGCCCGAUAUCAGCUAUCGUCG